ACUGAUCACUAGACAAAGAAUUAACGCCCAUGCUUUGAUCGUAUCUAUGUAUAUAAACUCUCUUUUUCUCAUGUGCUGCAAUUUUGUCAGAAUCCCCACUUACAACUUGUUGAAAGUUAGGUCACGCCUGGGCCACCAUGCGAUUCAAGGCAUUCACAGAAUUCUUGAUACCAGCUGCCUACUUUUGUGUGGCGCUAGCUGGUCAAGUACCUAGGGCGAAUGGCGUGCCAGGUGGUGUUUUGGCGAAGAGACUAUCUUCUAGAGACCUCGCCGCAGCUGUGACCACUAACUCAUCAUCUCCCACUGUAGGAAAACUGCGUAUUACCUCUGAGAACUCUAGCAUUUGUGAAACAACGCCUGGAGUAUAUCAAGCAGCCGGGUAUGGGGACAUUGCAACAAACAAAAGUAUGUGGUUUUGGUUCUUCGAGGCUAGGAGCAAUCCAAGCACUGCUCCCUUGGUUUUAUGGUUCAAUGGAGGCCCUGGCUCCUCCAGCAUGCUGGGUCUUUUCCAGGAGAAUGGUCCCUGCCGUAUCACGAAUGACAGUUCCAGUGUGACGCUCAAUCCCUAUUCUUGGAACAACAAUGCCAAUGUGAUGUACAUUGACCAACCCAUCGGCGUGGGAUUCUCGUACGGAGUCACUACCGUCGGAACGUCUGAAGAAGCUGCCGCAGACGUGUGGACGUUCUUGCAAAUAUGGCUGCAGGACUCGAGAUUUACGACUUACCAAGGCCGUGAUUUGGUUGUUUCGACUGAGUCUUAUGGUGGCCACUAUGGGCCUACUUUUGCAUCGUAUUUCCUCUCACAAAACGAAGCCAUUGCGAACGGCUCUGUUUCAGGUCUUGACCUCAAUCUGAAGGUCCUUACCAUUGGCGAUGGCUUGACUGAUCCAAUUACUCAAUAUCCACAAUAUAUUGUCUUUGCUGGAAAUAAUUCUUACCAUCCAUUGGUGAAUAGCUCUGUGAUUGAACAAGCAAACACGUCAUACACCCAAUCCGGUGGCUGUGAAGAUCAGAUCAUUGCUUGCAACAACAAUGGGAGCAAUGCGAUAUGCUCUGGCGCACAAAACUUCUGCAAUAACUAUAUACUCGAACCUUUAGCUGGGAACUAUGACGUUUACUACAUCUUGGCAGAAAACCCUGACCCAUACCCUCCGGAUCUCACUUCCUAUCUUGCAGGCAUCCAAAGUACUAUCGGCGCUGCAGUUACAUGGGCAGAAACCAAUGAUACGGUCUAUGCCAAUUUUUCCAGUACUGGUGAUUGGAUGAGGACGUCUAAACCCGAUCUUGAAUCUGUCAUUGACAGUGGGAUAAGGGUGUUGAUAUACGACGGAGAUGCUGAUUAUAUAUUGAACCAUGAUGGAGUUGAGGCAAUGAUCAACAGCCUCAACACAACAUCAUCUGCUUUGUACGCCCAGCAACAGUUCAGCCCAUUCGUCGUCAACGGGACUGAAGCAGGUCUUAUCAAGAACGCCGACAAUUUCACUUUCGUUCUGAUUUACGGCGCAGGACACGAAGUUCCUGCAUACAAGUAUGGCAAUCUCUCGUAUGGCCAGGCAGCUUCACAGAUGUUCGAGCUGGCCAUUUCCGGCGUUGUAAAUGGAACUGAUCCUGGGAAUGGGACUAUCACCAAGUCUUCGUCAGCGGUGAGGUUCGGAUCUUCUAUCUUGCUGUCGAGUCUUUCGUUCUUCUUGGCUGUUUUUUCUGCAUUCACUCUACUCUGAAUACCUAUGUAACACCGAGUAAAAUAUCUAACUGGUCUUUCUUUGCCUUAAAUACACAAUGCUUUGGAAGGACG